GUUUAACAGCAGCAGCGCUGUGUGAAACUGCAUGUGUGGGCCAUUCAGCUGCACAGAAUAAGUCAAAAAGAGGAAGCAGGGUUGAGAUCCUGCGGCUGGCUCUCUGCUGUCAGUCUGAGGACGUGCCCGCCGCUCACACAGAUCGCAGUCGGACCUGGAGGACUUUUAAACCGUCUUCUCUGCUCUCUCUCUCUGGCUCGUUUUGGGGUGAGCAGACAGGAUUCACGUGCUGCCAGUCAUCAGAGUGCAAGCCAUGCAGUCAGCCCUGUGGGCCUGCCACUGCCCAGCUCAGCGUCCAGCCUCAGGCUCCCAGCGGAACAGGAUCUUCGUCCUCACUAUCGCCUGCCUCUAUCGCUGAGGAUGUCUUUUUUGGAAGCACCAAUGAAGACCAGGAUACAUGUUCAGUAGUCAGUGACUACGACUGCCCCUGUGCCGAGGUCAGCAACAGUGUGGAGGACCUGCUGGGCCUCAGCCCUUCUCUCAGAGACUCAGAGUACUUCAAAGACCUGGAGGGAGGGAUACCAGCUUCACAGUCUACUGCGUUUUCAGUAACCUCAGUCCCAGAGAGCAAAACCCCAACUGUUGGCGUCCAGGUGUCCCUAAACACAGACAGUCCUGCCAUCAACCAGCCUGCACAGAACUCUUUGAACCCUCGCUCACCUCAGGUCGAUGCAUCACCUCCUGCCAGCUAUAUACACCCUGCAGAGGAGCCUCAUCACAACUUUGUGGUCACGCAGCUGAAUCAUAAACUAUUGCCCGGCUGUGUCAUUGACAGCGGUGGCUCCUCAGGCCCUGCAGUAGGGCUCAGCCUGACAAUUAAUCUGAAUGGACUAUUGGGAACAAUGGAAACGGCAAAAGGAGUACCAGGCGCAGAGGAAGUAAAGGACCCGUGCAGUAUGGAUUUAGACGGAGAGCCAGACUUUGACAGCUUUCCUAUUCUGGUCAGAUCCAUGUCAACGUCUCGCAGGCACAGCUGGGGUGUCCCUGUGUCCCCCAUUAACCUGGGGAGGAGACUAAGUCUGGAUACCAUGGCCAUGGACAGUGAUGGAGAGAGGGAGGAUGAUGAGGAGGGACAGAAAAGUCUCUUUGAGUCCACCGAGCAACCAUCUAACAGCUGCAAAGCAGACCCUGGAGACGAGAUAGAUGGUCUUAGGCUGAGGAUGCCACGUCCAAGAGCCAGGGUCACCAGCAUGGCCAGUGGAGCGACCGGCAGGCAUCUCUACUCCCGCUCGGAGAUCCUCGCCACGGACGAAUGUUCACGUGCUGCACACAUUUCUCGUGUUGUACAGACAUCCAAACAGGCUGCACGGGCGGCAGGAGCGGAGGAGUUCGACCCUGAAGAAAACCUUCACUCUACUGAAGGACAGAGCCAUAUGCUGAUGGUACAGAAAGUUCUGCAGGAGCUAAAGCUGUAUCAUGGAGCGAAGCAGAGGAACAUCAGAUCAGAGACCAAAGUGUCAGGAAAUGUCACCUGGUACGAGUUCCUCUCUAAUGAGAAUGAGGAUGAGGAGGAUCGUACAGAGAAGGUGGAGAAAGGCACCAAGGUGAAGAGGACUCUCAGCUCCCUGAGGAACAGGGUGACUGGCUCCUUCAAUAAAGACAAGGGUAAGAGCCGAGAAAGAGAGCAGCAGAAAGAGAAGGGGAAGGAGGCCAAGGAGAAAGUGUCUGGCGGCGGCAACAGGCAUUACCUGGUGCCUGGCUCUUUCUCCAGCUGUGCCACCUGCUCACUGUGCAGCAAGACCCUGCAGAAAAAGCAUGGCCUGCAGUGCAUGAAUUGUGCUGUGAACGUUCACAAGAGCUGCAAGUCUCUGCUGGGUGAGUGCACCAGCAGCAAGAAUAAGAGAGAUUCUGUACUAAGGACUGGCUCAUCAGGAUCCCCUCACUUUGCGCUGAAGGAUCGGGACAGAGAGCGGGAUCAUUUGGGCCCAGCCUCAUUUCAGGCCCUGGAUGGCCACCCUGGUUUUCUCAGCACCCCAGGCAUGACCAUUAGUCCGUGGGGACCUAGCACUCAGCCGACUUCCGCCCAUACCACCAGCUCUACUGCAGCCCCUGCCUCCAGCCUUAGCUACAGUCUCCGUGACCACAACAGCUCAGGAUCCCUCCCCGGGGAGAUGGAUGAGACCGAUGCCCUCCGCUCCAAACGCUGCAACGAAGAUGCCAUUUCACUCGCUCCCUCCACCACCGAGUCCAUCAUCGUUGAAGAUGCUCACUAUGCAGCAGUGCGAGCUGAUCUGGAGUCUGACGCUCAGGACCUGGAGGCAGAGUCGUGGAGUUCAGCAGUUGACCAGCAGCAUGUUAAGAAACUCUCUAAAGAAAUGGUGAAGAGACAGGAUGUGAUAUAUGAGCUGAUGCAGACCGAGAUGCACCACGUGCGAACACUGAAGAUCAUGCUGCAUGUGUAUGUCCGGGAGUUGAAGGAGAACCUCCAGAUGGACGCGGGCAGAUUGGAUUGUCUGUUCCCCCGCUUGGAAAACCUCCUUGAGCUCCACACACAUUUCCUGUCUCGUCUGAAAGAGCGGCAGCGAGAAAACCUCAUCUCACCCAACGACAGGAACUACGCUGUCAACAGAGUGGCAGACAUUCUAAUCUCACAGUUUUCAGGUGAAGUAGGUGAGAAGAUGAAGGACUGCUAUGGAGAUUUCUGCAGUCACCACACUGAGGCUGUCAGCUACUACAAAGAACAGCUGCAAAACAACAAAAAGUUCCAAAACAUCAUACGGAAAAUUAACAACCUGUCCAUCGUACGGCGGUUAGGAGUGACAGAGUGUAUCCUGUUAGUGACGCAGCGCAUCACCAAGUACCCAGUGCUGGUGGAGCGCAUUCUGCAAAACACUGAAGCUGGUACAGAGGAGCAUGAGGACCUGACUCGGUCACUGGGUCUGAUUAAAGACACCAUUGUUCAGGUCGACGCGCUAGUUAAUCUCCACGAGAAGAACUCUCGACUCCGAGACAUACACAACAAGAUGGAGCCAAAGGCACUGGGGAAAAUCAAAGAUGGCCGUGUGUUUCGCAGAGAGGACCUGGCACAGGGCAGGAGACGGCUGCUGCAUGAGGGCACAGUCAACUGGAAAGCUGCCUCUGGCAGGCUCAAAGAUAUUCUUGCAGUUCUCUUGUCAGAUGUUUUGCUCUUGCUACAAGAGAAGGAUCAGAGAUAUGUAUUUGCCACAGUGGACAACAAGCCGUCAGUGAUCUCUCUGCAGAAGCUGAUCGUCAGGGAAGUGGCCCAUGAGGAGAAAGCCAUGUUUCUUAUCUGUGCCUCCUCCAAUGAACCAGAGAUGUACGAGAUCCACACCACCUCCAAGGAGGAGAGAAACAGUUGGAUGACACACAUAAGACAAGCUGUUGAGAGUUGUCCUCACACAGAAGAGAGGCUGUUCAGCGAAGAGGAAGAGGCUCGAGCCUUCAGGUUCAAAGAAUUUCAAGAACGUUUGAGCCAGAAGGAUGCAGUGAUUGCACAGGCAUUAACUGAGAAGCUGCAGCUGUUUGCAGACCUGGCAGAGUCUGUGGUAGGUGCAGAGGAUGCAGCUUCUCGGUCCAGACUGCUGUUACGAGGAGAUGCCUCAGAACUCCAGCAGGGGGAGACCCUGCUCAAAGGAGCCAUCACCGAGGUGGAGAAUCUUCAGAACCUGCUGCAGUCUGGAGUCAGGGAGGCGUCUCCGACCUCACGGCUGGAGGAAGGGAGCGGUUCUGGGGUUCUGCCAAAGCGAGCGGACACCUUUGGGGGCUAUGACAGCAGCCACAGCAGCCCCACCAUCCUCAGUAAGAAUGGCAGUGUGAAGAAGAACUUUUCUGGCGAGUCCAGAAACAGAGACAGAAGCCAGAGAGCCAGCUCUGACCCUCAGCUCAAAGACCUCUGCGACAGUCACACCCUAGAGCAGACGGUUGAUGAGAGCUGCUGUUCUCCUCCCAGAUGGAACCGCAUCUGGUCCAACUCCUUCCCCGAGGCUGAGUUCUUUGACAGAGUUCUGAUGCUCUCCCAAAGGCUCUACAGUCUGCAGGCCAUCAUGACACAGUGGGACAGUCACAUUGAGCUGCAGCGGGCCUCCCUCCCGGGCCGCCACAGAGGGAACGUUCUCCUGGAGCAGGAGAAACAGCGGACUAUAGCCCUGCAGAGAGAGGAGCUGGCCAGCUUCCACAAGCUGCAGUCUCAGCACCGGCAGGAGCAGCAGCGCUGGGAGAGGGAGAGGGAGCGGCACCGCCAGCAAGUCGAGGCCACCGAGGCCAGACUCCGACAGAGGGAGGAGGAGUGCAGACGACUGGAGGAGCAUCUGGCAGAAGAGAGGAGGGAGCUGGAGAGUCAGAGGGAGACAUACCAGCAGGACCUGGAGAGACUGAGAGAGUCCACCAGAGCUGUGGAGAAAGAAAAGGAACGCCUGGAACACCAGAAGAAGAUCAAGAGAAAGACUAUUGAGGUGGCUCCUCUGUCCGGCAGUCUGAACGGGGAGCUCCUCAUGUCGUCUGGCCUCGCCACCUCCACCAGUAUCUCCGACCUGCCGCUGCCUCAGAAGCCUCUGGCACGCGGCAGCCUGUCCGUUGCACCAGCCGACUAUCCGGAGCGUCCUGAAGUGAUGCUGCGGAGGGAGAUGAGCUCAUCCACCCUGCCGCUGAAGACAGAGGUGCCCCUUCAUCUUUUCAGCACCACCAACCAGCUGCACAAACCAGUGGGGGUGCAGCAGCAGAUCCCCACUAAGCUUGCCGCCUUCAGUGGCAAAGGGAAAGGAGGCAAGAUGGGCAAAGCCUCCCAUCGCACUGACAGCACGGCCUCAGUGGAUAUGAAGCAGAUGCUGCCGCUGAAGCUGUCCGCCCGAGACGACACCGCCCUCAAGGCCAAGCGCUCCAUCAGCCCCCACCAGCAGCUCCCGCUGUCAGCCUCUCCUCUGCCUCCCCCCUUGCAUCUCCACGCAGAUCAACUCAGUCCUCCAGACAACGCUGGACUGGACACCAAGUCCACCUCCUCCAUCGGCACCUCCCACCCUCCGAAUGCUCAGAAACCCCCCAUGCCUCCUCCACAGUCUCAUCCUCAGCCCCCCAUGCAGCCUCCCACCAUCCCUCCCCACUCGCAGAGUGCCGGGUCCCUCCAGUUCCAGGCGCACCUGCCACCACAAGGCCUCGGUCCGAACGCCCAGGCCCACGUCCAGGUAAACGUUCACGGGCUCAGCCACAGCCACAGCAUGCCGCCACCCUACAAGAUCAACACAGAGGACCUCAAUAAGGAGGACGUCAUCUUCUUCUAAACACCAGCUGAAGAGUCAUGUGAUGGUUGCUCAUCACAAGAGUUAUUAAGGGUCGAAAAAGGUAACAUAAUUAGAAUAUGUGUAAGUUGCAGCAGUCCGGAGCAGAGAGCAGAGCCUUUGUCAGCACUACAGUGGCCAAUGCUGAAGGAACAAUGUCAUUCAAGAGAGACGACAUUUCUGUUUUAAUAUUGCUAUCCCAACUUUGUUUUUUAAGCUGCCACAGUUUCUUUUGUUUUUAUUUAAUUUUAAGUUCAAUUUCUUAACUCAAAGUUUUUAAGAGGAAACCUUUGGCAAAACAAAGACUUCUUAUGAGGUUUAAAUGAAGUUAUACCAAUCCAAAGACAUUAUAAGGGGAUUUGACUGAAAGGAAUCAUUUGAAGGAAGUGUUGACUUUGAUCAGACUGUGAUCAGUGAAGGGUGCAGCGAUGGCACCCCUGGUCUGAACCAUCUGCUUCUACUGGACCUGGAAUCACAAGAGAUGAUUCAUCAGGAGCUCUGAAAUGAUCCAACUCUUAAUACAUGAACACUCUCAGCUUGGUGUUUCAUUUGCACAGUGUAAAUACUCCAUUUCAGACGAAUGAAUGAACUUUUAUGGACUUAAUGUGUUUGGUUUGGUUGUACAGCUGUCAAAAUUGUGAAGGUUCAUUUCAUUUUGUUGUUUUUGUUCUUCUUAACCAUGCUUAUUACGGAAAGCUGAACUUAUUUCUAGCAGCUGGUUGUGAAACCCGCCUUCAGUCAGCACAUUAGAAACAGACAGGCUGUUGUGUCACAGCGCUUCAUUCCAAUUAAGGGAGAGUUCAGUUCAGUUUGGGACAAAUUCUGCUGUUUUUACCAACUGCAAAGUGAGACAAACUCAGCGAUGCCUUUCUUGUGUUUACACAGUUUAAAGUCGUUUGAGGUUAGUUUGCCUCAGGUCGUUUCUUGCAUUUCUUAGCGGUAGCUCCUUUUUAAAUAAAACAAACAACCUAAAUGGGGUUAUAAUAUUUCAAAACACAAUUUCACAAGUGCAUACAGUUUAAUUGAAUAACAAGCUGUUUAGCUGACUGAUAUUGUGCGGAUACCAUUUUUUUUAACAGCUGAAACAACUAACCCUGUACAGAUGUGGUGUAACUUGAGGCACAUCCAUAACAUACGUUGCUGGCCAUUCAUGUAUGUUGGCCAUCUAGUUAAAAAGUAUGACAGGACAUUGCUGGGAAGCAGCAGGAGCCUAUUUAUAAAUAACGUGGUGUCAAAUUGGGACACCGACUGGUGCACUGGCCGAUCCCAAUUCCAGUAUUUUGGGCAGUGCUGGAGGCAUUUACAAUAUGCUGGAACAAACCUAGUAAUUUGCAAUAUGUACCUAAAUUGGCCUUCAAACUGUGGAGUUUAAAGGUAUAUUUCCUCAACUUUUAGCGGAGCUGCUGUUGACCCAGCAGACAUCCAGAGUAUUAGCUGAACUUUACACCGUUCUGCAUGCUGGAUGUUGAAGACCGAAAGGCCUCACUGAGUUUGUCUCACACAUUUCACAAAGCCCAUCGCUUUAAGAGACAAAUCUGUGUGAGACGUAUGUUCCUACAGUGUACUGUACAAUUCAUGUUAGGCUCAAUGCUGUUUUAAUGGUGAAAUUAACAUUUAACUGAUUCAGCAGAGAAAUGAAAAGAGAAACAUGAGCGAGCAUACAUAAUAAUCACAACAUGAAUGUUCAACACAGAGAUGAUAUGCAGUAAAAAAUAUUCAAAUCCAUCAUCGCACUGACUUUAUGAUUUUGCACUAGUCGACCCAGUAGAAUAAAAUACUCUGUGUGUUAUCCACAAAUAUAAACUGUUAAAAUUAUGAGUCCUUAAUGUGCAUAAAGGAGCAGAGUAUUAAAACUGUUUUCUGACUUAUAUAAUAAUCAUUCCUUCUCGUUAACCACUCAUCUACAGACUCACAGGACAAAUGUGCAGAACAAUGAAGCAAUGUAAAGUUUGUGGCUUCCCAGAUUAAACUUCAGUCCUAAUUUUCCUCUCACGUCUGGGAAAGAAAAGUUCACAUGAUCGAUGUGUCGUGUUAUUGAAAGCUUGUGUCUCUGGACCUCAUUUUGCUGACUUGACGGUUUGUGAAUUUUUCAGGCUGGGUCCAUUUUUAGCUCAGUCGGUAUAUCUUAGAGAUAUAUAUACGAAGACGUCGGUUGAAAUUGAUGCCCUGAGGUCUCACUGACGGGGUGUUUUAUUGAUUCCUGAUGACAUUUCAUUAGCUGGGUCUUUAAUCUCUGUGCCUGACAGAAAAGCAGUACCGCAGCGGGCCUCGUUGUCCCGCAGGAGAAACGACUAUCAGCUGUUAUCUUUCUUCACAGAAGAAAUAUGGAGGUGUCAAUCUCGUUGUCUUUGUCUGUAUGUAUGCGAGGACCCUUUAAGUCACAAAGUAGUUAACACAUUAAUGUGUUUGGUGUCUCUGGAGGGAAAGAUGCCAUGAGAGCUUUUUGCCUUUCUCUAAAUAAGCUUGUCACUGAAGCUAUCGAUCACUAGCUGGGAGUUUGGGCAGGUUGUUAUGUAAAUUAUGUAUAUUGUUGUACAUACUGUAUUGACACGCAUUCUUGUAUUAGGAACAGAGAUAUCUGACAUGAGUCGAGAGGCAAAAGACAGCCUGUUUGUGGAUAUGUGUAUAUACACUUGGAAUACACACACAGGUGUGUAUGUACAAUACGGUACGCCUUGCUCUGAUAGUCUCGUGGCAGAUCAGUGAAACCGCAGUCAGUCAGUGCUGUUGUUUUAAGUGAACUGAAAAUGAAGGUACGCAUAUUUAAUCUCCUCCUGUGCAUUGACGCUGUAGCAUUGAAGUCUAGGUGCACCGUCUGUCGUCUCUCUCCCGCAAUCCACGAGUGAUGUUUCACUGAGAUCAUGUAGCAGUCAUGAAAACUAAAUCAUCUGCUUGUCUCAGUCGGUUAAACCAAAGACACAUUCGGCUGACUGGGUUCCUGUCUGCGCUCUCGUAUGAAGGAUAAAUGACACUGUGCUGGCUGUGUGGUGGUCCACAAAGUGUUAUUACUUGUGAAAACAUCCUCCAGGGAGCGUCUAUACGAAGUGUGUUCACAGCACGUUGUAGCCCAGCUCACAUCCUGCUUCAGGUCGAAACAGAGAGAGGUUGCUGUUUGUUUCUUUGCAUCCACACGUCCUGAUCACAUUCGUCAUCUCGCAGCCAGAUCGCACACAAACAGUAAAUCAAAUGAGGCGUUGAAGUUCCCCAGGAUUCUGUAGCAUCAUAUUGUAUACAUCAUCUGUUAAACCCAACAACGGAAUAUUAAUUUGCAUGUGAGCAUUCUACCAGGUUUUCAGUGGGUGAAACCCUUUCAAAAAUAAUAUCUUCAAACUUUGGUUGGACAAUCCCAAUAAAAUUUCCAAUGACGAGCUCCAGGUGCUUGCUAACCUUUCCAACGCAUUUCCAUGUCUGUCCAUUUUCCCGUUGUUCCAAAUGUGUUCUGAGAAACGUCGGGCAACAAGAUCACUGGUGUACAACUUACUUUUAGUUCUGUUCUAGGUACAAGACGCUUAUUAACGUCAACAAGAGGGGUGGAUGUUGCCUGUCGGUCAAGUCUUAAAUGUUGCUUCGCUGUGCAAAAAAUGCUUAAACCUUUUUUGCUGUGCUGAAAAACUUGGAAGCCAGUCAGUCGUAUCACUGUGCAUGUGUGUGUGACUGUGUGUAUGUCUGUGUGUGUCUUUGUGUGUAAGCGCUCCACCAAAAACAGCAGACACACUUCUAACCGACCUGUUUCCAGUCGUGUUUCUUUUUUCACACACACACACACUCGUACACACACACACAUAGGACCUGUAAUGUGUAAAUAAUUAUGAACAUAUUUUUAUUUCCUCUGCCAAUCUUACACUAGUCACUUUGGAUAGUAGCAUACUUGAAGGGGAAAAUGAAUGUUUGUAAUGAUCAUUAUUAUUAUUAUUAUUAUUAUUAUUAUUAUUAUUAUUGUCUGUGAACUUUUUAUUUACCAUGAGCUGUCUAAUGACGUUUGUAGCACACAGCAAAAAACUGAUUUUUGUACCAUUUUAUUUUAUUCACUGCGAGAUGUUAGAAGGACCUGUGGACACAAACUGCUGCCUUAGAGAGAGUUUAGUAAUAAACGUCUUAAAAAUGA